CAAGUUGACAGCCAAGGAGAAGUCAUAAAAAAUAUGUCCCCAAGAGAUAACAUCAUAACAAGGGAAACAUGCCUUCAUUAAUGUUUAUAUUUGCAUGUCCCCAAAAUGUAUAAUAUUUUUAUAUAAAAUGUCUUGAGCCAAAAUUUGUAUUGAGUUUCCCACUACAAAACCAAUGCCAAUAAGAAGCACUAAAGCUACCAUUUACUCACCUUUGACUACAUCACCUGCUUGCUCAUUGGCUACCACUAAAACCCUGUUGCAUACUUCAUUCGAUGUCACCGUAAAACCGUCACCCGCAAAUAAAAACGACAAAACAUCAUGCCGUCUGCAAAAUCCUACAUUCAAGCUUGCAUGCUUUUUCCCUCCCCGCGAGAGAGACGAUGGAGGGGAAAGGUAAGGAGUUAGCGGUUGGCUCUGGUCUGAGCAAGUCCCUUGAUGAAUCACGUGUGGACAGUCACAGCUAUUACCUGGCGCGUCGAACCACCAUGGAGAUGCUCCGAGACAGAGGAUACGAUAUCUCAAAUGAAGACAUUAACCUCACUUUACAGGAGUUUCGAUCGCUCUACGGCGACCCUCCCAACGUUGAUAGACUCCGUAUCUCAGCACAACAUUGUUCUGAUUCUUCAAAAAAGAUAGCUGUUGUGUUUUGCGGAAGUGGUAUAGUUAAAGUCAAUGCGAUACGCGAAAUAGCAGCCGAUGUACUUGGUCGAGAAAAUUUAACCGGACUGAUAUUGGUUCUCCAAAGUGAUAUAACAAAUCAAGCUCUAAAAGCCGUUGAACUUUUCUCCUUCAAAGUCGAGUUAUUCCAUUUAACCGAAUUGCUGGUUAACAUAACCAAACAUGUCUUGAGGCCAAAACAUCGGGUUCUGAAUGAUCAAGGGAAGGAAUCACUCUUCAAGAAGUUCAGUAUUGAGGAGCAACAACUUCCAAAGUUAUUGAAGAAAGACCCGACAGCGAAAUACUACGGACUAGAGAAAGGGCAAGUCGUGGAGGUCACAUACAAGGGCGAGGGCAGUGAGUCUGAUCAUGUUUUAUACCGAUGCGUUUGGUAAUCUCGUUUUGUUUGUAUUCUUAUCUCUCUUAAUUUGUAUGUGGCAAUACGUAUCAUGUCUUGAUGUCAAAAGCUGUAAACUCUGUGCGUUUCUUGUGGUUUCUAAACCAAACAAUGUAUGAUGAUAAAGCCAAUCACCUGAUUUUCGAUAUA